GUAAAGGUGACCCGGAAGUAUUUGGGAGUGGCCACGACCUUAGUGGGCGCACUCUCACGGCCUUUCACAGAGAUUUUGUGGAAAAUACAGGCUGUACUUAAUGUAUCUCGGUAUUUUUUAGGAACACAUUAGCGUUUACGCUAGCAGAGCACUCGUUUAUUCCUAUCCAUAACCUGCUACAUGCGUGCUUACUUUCGGUCUCUUUGAAAGCACGUUUUCCUCAUGCUAGCCUUUGUAUGUUCUGGACGCUUCUGGAAGACCUCAUUUCGACUUCUGCAGCUCUCGUUAACCUCCACUUUGUUUUCAUAGGAUCGCAUUUUUUUUCUUAUAGAUACUGUAGUUUUGCAGUCGCUUUGCGUUUGGGGCGAGUUUAAUUUUCUUGUUUGCGAGAUAUUCGCAGCAGCUGCAUUGCUAGCUGUUAGCAAGCUAGCUCGCUUCAUAUUCAGUCGGCGUGUCGGAGCUGCUAGAAAAUGUCAGACUUUGACGAGUUUGAGAGACAGCUGACCGAAAACAAACAAGCGGACCGAGACAAGGAGAACAAGCACCACAGGCGCAGUGGCUCGAGGAGUCGCAGCAGAGACCGGGACAGGAAGAGAAGGAGCCGCGACAGAGACAGAGAAAGAAGAGGCAGUCGAGAUCGACAUGGAGACAGCAAAGACCGCAGACACAGACGCAGUCGUUCUCCACACCGUGAGAAGAAAAAGAUUAAAGUGAAGAAAUAUUGGGAUGUUCCUCCUCCUGGAUUUGAACACAUCACACCCAUGCAGUACAAAGCCAUGCAGGCUGCUGGUCAGAUACCAGCCACUGCUCUGCUGCCCACAAUGACCCCUGAGGGUCUGGCUGUGACCCCAACACCUGUUCCUGUCGUGGGAAGUCAGAUGACUCGACAAGCCCGACGGCUGUAUGUGGGCAACAUCCCAUUUGGAAUCACAGAGGAGUCUAUGAUGGACUUCUUCAAUGCUCAGAUGCGUUUGGGAGGCCUCACUCAGGCCCCAGGCAACCCUGUUCUUGCUGUUCAGAUCAACCAGGACAAGAAUUUUGCCUUUUUGGAGUUCCGCUCCGUGGAUGAGACGACACAGGCCAUGGCAUUUGAUGGCAUCAUUUUCCAGGGACAGAGUUUAAAGAUUCGCCGACCACAUGACUACCAGCCUCUGCCAGGCAUGAGCGAGAAUCCAAGUGUCUACGUCCCAGGUUCUCUCCCUGUAGGCGUUGUGUCCACGGUGGUACCCGAUUCUGCCCAUAAACUCUUCAUUGGGGGUCUGCCAAAUUACCUCAAUGAUGACCAGGUCAAAGAAUUGCUGACAUCGUUUGGCCCUCUGAAGGCUUUCAAUUUGGUGAAAGACAGCGCUACAGGCCUGUCUAAGGGCUAUGCCUUCUGUGAAUAUGUUGACGUCAAUAUCAGUGACCAGGCCAUCGCAGGGCUAAACGGUAUGCAGCUUGGUGACAAGAAACUCCUGGUCCAGAGGGCAAGCGUCGGUUCCAAGAACACCACGCUGACGGGUAUAAACCAGACUCCAGUUACACUUCAAGUUCCAGGCCUCAUGAACAGCUCCGUGAACCAGAUGGGCGGCAUUCCCACAGAGGUGUUGUGUCUGAUGAACAUGGUGGCCCCAGAGGAGCUGCUGGAUGAUGAAGAGUAUGAGGAGAUUGUGGAAGACGUCAGAGAUGAGUGCUCCAAAUAUGGCCAAGUCAAGAGCAUCGAGAUCCCACGGCCUGUCGACGGACUGGAUAUUCCUGGCACUGGAAAGAUCUUUGUGGAGUUUAUGUCAGUAUUUGACUCCCAAAAGGCAAUGCAAGGCUUGACGGGAAGGAAAUUCGCCAACAGAGUGGUGGUGACUAAAUACUGCGACCCUGAUGCCUAUCACCGCCGCGACUUCUGGUAGAGACUGGACAGAUUCAGGAGCAAGAGACUUGGAGAGAGACACAGAUGGUGUGACUUCUAUAUCUCGGAAACCCCUUAUUUCGUAGAUUUAUGAGGUCAAAGAAUGUGUGAGCUUUUUUUUUUUUUAAAUCUAGUCUCAAAACAAGACUUGUGAUUGGUCAGAAUGUAGCAAAUCAGUCUUUAUUUUUGUUUUGCUUUUGAAAACCACAUUGGAAGUAUGUCCAAAGCUUUAAGAUGGAAAUAAAAUAGACCAUACCAUGUCAAGAAAAGAAAGAAACCAAACAGACAAUUUCCAGUUUAAUUUUGGCCCAGAGUAAAUUUAUGUUUUCAAUGUUAAAUACCUGUUCUGUUAUCUGCACAGCUCACACACUUUGAGCCAAGCUGGUCAGAUAGAGUGAGAGGAGGAUGUAAAGCAGCGAGUGAGGGAAGACAAAAUGAGACAACAACCAAAAUGAAUGUUACACUAAAGCAAAAAGGUGAGAAGGGGGGUAUUUGAGAAGAGAAGUCCGCGUUAUUUGAAUAUGGUUGUUUAUUUAGGCUGUGAAAUGAGGUUUCCUGUGUAGAGGUUAUAAAGGCAGAGGAGUUUCUGAGUCGUCUGUCAACACCGUACAUGUAUGAGGUAAAAGCUACAGGCAUCUAUCUUAUAGAAGAUGAUUAUUACCGAUUACGUCUAUACUGUUUUCUGUCUUCACCUCCUCCUCAGUUUUUUCCCUGCUAUUUUUCCUUCCUUUUAUAAUAGUUGUACUGUUUCUUGUGAACCCUAUUUACCUGGCCCCAUCUAACCAAAUUUAUACACCGUGAAAAAGAAACGUCUCUUUUUUUUCUUUUUUUUCUUUUUAUACUUUCUGUAUCUAACUGUCCACUGCUGUUUUUUAAAACUGUAUUGAGCUGAGUUGAUUUAAUACAGUGCGUUUAUGUAUGAGGACCAGAGGAACGGUCUGGUGAAAUAAACUCAAAAUGUGUUUGAACUGAA